AUGAAUUAUGGUUUCUACCGAAAGCGAAAGCAGAUGAUGCGAGGCGAGGUAAGUUUGGCUCAAAAAAGGAAAUCACUCAUCAUCUCCACCGGUCAGUCCGUUCCAAACUUGCUUACUACCACCACAAUGGCUUCAAACGAAUCAGAAACCGCGAACAACUCCCUAUCUUCUGACCUGGCUGGAACUGACGCGUCUAAUUUGUUUCGGGUCAUCGACAGAGACAACGUACACGGCCUUAACCUCACCGUUCCUGAGGAUGCAAAGGAAGUCAUCAAACCAUGGGAUGAACGAGAGGAGACGACAAAGUUCAUCGAGUCCAAUGUAGACGAUCAGCUUAUCAUCCACAUUCCAUUCACCCAAAAUGUACGCAUAAAAUCGGUGCUCAUCAAGCUUGGCAGGGGUGAGGUGACGCCGCGUCACCUGCGCAUCUACACCAACCACAACCACAUCGUCGACUUUGCCGACACCGAGAACACCAAGCCCCAGCUCAACAUCAGCCUGUUGGAGGGAGAGACGCGUGUCGUCGAGUACCCACUGCGCGUUGCGUCCUUCGUCAGCGUGCAUUCACUAUCGCUCUUCUUCAGCGACUCGAUAGGCGGCGACGUCUCCCGAUUAUACUACCUCGGCUUCAAAGGCGACAUGCGCUCCGUCAAGCGCGAAGCAAACUCCCGUCUUGAGGUUCCCGCGCCCAACGCAGCAGACGCCCCGCUCACAGAACGCGCAUCGCAUAAAGCAUCGGGAAUGCAGACGACGGCGCGGUAG